AGAGAGAGAGAGAGAGGGAGGGGGAGAGACAGAGGGAGGGACAGGCAAGGUGUCUGCUGCUCCGCUGGCGGCCUCUGCUCUAUCUCCGGGAGGCCGGGCGGCUCCUCAUCCUCCUGCGGUCUCCCGCCUCCGGGGCCAGGGCUCUGCGAUCUCGCGAGAUCGGCUGGCUGGCUGUGGGGGUUGCAGCAGCAGCGGCGGCGGCGGCAGGCGGAGCCGGGGGAAGGGAAGGCAGCGGCGGCGGCGGCAGGCGGAGCGGCGGCGGCGGGCGGCCGGCUGAGCGGCAGCAUCAUGGCGGACCGAGACAGUGGCAGCGAGCAAAGCGGAGCGGCGCUGGGUUCCGGCGGCUCCCUGGGGCACCCGGGCUCUGGCUCGGGCGGCGGCGGGGGCGGCGGCGGGGGGGGCGGCGGCGGGGCCCCGGGGGGGCUGCAGCAUGAGACCCAGGAGCUGGCCUCCAAGCGGGUGGACAUCCAGAACAAGCGCUUCUACCUGGACGUGAAGCAGAAUGCCAAGGGCCGCUUCCUGAAGAUCGCCGAGGUGGGCGCUGGGGGCAACAAGAGCCGCCUCACGCUCUCCAUGUCGGUGGCCGUGGAGUUCCGUGACUACCUGGGCGACUUCAUCGAGCACUACGCGCAGCUGGGCCCCAGCCAGCCCCCGGACCUGGCCCAGGCGCAGGAUGAGCCGCGCCGGGCGCUCAAGAGCGAGUUCCUGGUGCGGGAGAACCGCAAGUACUACAUGGAUCUCAAGGAGAACCAGCGGGGCCGCUUUCUCCGCAUCCGCCAGACGGUCAACCGGGGGCCCGGCCUGGGCUCCACGCAGGGCCAGACCAUCGCCCUGCCGGCCCAGGGGCUCAUCGAGUUCCGUGACGCCCUGGCCAAGCUCAUCGACGACUAUGGCGUGGAGGAGGAGCCGGCCGAGCUGCCCGAGGGCACCUCCUUGACUGUGGACAACAAGCGUUUCUUCUUCGACGUGGGCUCUAACAAGUACGGGGUGUUCAUGCGGGUGAGCGAGGUGAAGCCCACCUACCGCAACUCCAUCACUGUCCCCUAUAAAGUGUGGGCCAAGUUCGGCCAUACCUUCUGCAAGUACUCCGAGGAGAUGAAGAAGAUCCAGGAGAAGCAGAGGGAGAAGCGGGCUGCCUGCGAGCAGCUCCACCAGCAGCAGCAGCAACAGCAGGAGGAUACAGCAGCAGCAACCCUGCUGCUGCAGGGGGAGGAGGAGGGGGAGGAAGAUUGAUCAAACUGUAAAAAACAUAAACACACAUACACACACAAACAGAGAGGAAAAAAACUAUACUAUAAAGAAAGAGAGAAAAUAAAAUUUAAAAAAUGUUAAAAAAAAAUGUAACUGUUAACUCCAAGGGAGCACCCACCACCCACCGAACCUCCACCAACUGACAGUUUCUCUUCUUGACUUGCCACCCAUCGCUGGAUGUUGUCCACUUUAUCCACCAUAUAAAACAGUAAGCAGCUGCUAAAACAAAACAAAAAAAAACAAAAAAGUAAUAACAUUAUAUAUGAACUGUGUUUCCUACUUGAUUAAAAAAUAUAAAGAACUGAGUGUUUAUUUCCCUAAUUAACCAAGAACUUUUGUACACGUUUAAGCUAUUAUUAUUAAAAGUGUUUGCAAAAUGGUCAAGAUUAUAAUAUUGCUGAAUUAUAUUAAAAAAAGUCCUUUUCAUGUUGAGCUAACAUUUGACUUUAGCACAAAAAAAGAGAUAUUUUAGAACACGUAAAAUAAUAUUUUUAGUUUUUUCUUCUCAUUUUGUUACCAAAUUUCAAACCUUACAUGGAGGUUAUUAUAGUAUAUUUGACACCCUAUAUACCUGUGAUUAGAGAUGUGUAUAUAUAUGAGGGCUAGGCAUGCUUUGUGUCUGAGCUUUGUCUAAAUGUUAUGCAGAAGUUUGUAGAGUUAAAGGUACGUAGGUUUAAUUCAUGCAAGGUAAACAAUAAGUGCUCUCUUUUAUACAAUAUGCAUUGCAUCUGGACCUUAAACAUAUAAAAUGGUCAGUGAAACUUCUGUGAACAUGAAGAAAAUUAUUAAAAAAGGCAUUUAAAUGAAAUUUGCUAAGUUGUGAUUUUUACGGUUUGAACCAAAGUUAUUCAAAUAGUAAAAAAAGAAAAAAGAAAAAAAGAAUAUCUCCUCCCAUAAUAUUUUUCUGCUCCUGUUUGGUUUACAACUAAGUAGGCGUAUUGUCAUUAUUGUGUAUAUGAGAUGUACUUGUAUUGUUCAUAAUAUAUUUUUUUUAUUAUGUGUAGAAAGACUUAAAGUACUUACCUUAUGUGCAGCAAUUUCCAGUGAACCUGUAUUUGGACAACAGGUAGUGAGUCUUUGUGUGGUCACUGACACUAGCACUGUUUCCUAAACUUGCAAGAGGUCUGAAGCUAUCCUUUGAUUUAUGCCAGUGCUAUUAAUUUAUGUAGGCCUGUUAGAAACCAGUGCAACACAAUUAUAGAGUUAUCCUACUGAGCCAUGGAUUUUGAGUUUCAUAUAAAAGUGAAAGCCAAGUUGGUGUAUGUAAAGGAUUUCCAUGUAGCUGUGGUGCUAGUUAUUACUGGCUACAUUAUAUUCUAAGUGUAUUUGUGACCCCAAGUGUACAAGCCUCCUAUCAAGUUUGUUCUUGUAACUCUUAUAUUCAAGGUGUAGGGUAUGAAAAUGCAGAACUUAGGAGAGCACUGAUUUGUCAGCUGUUGUCCUCCAAACUGAAGUUAUUUGUAACUAUAGACUUUUACAGGUUUUCCUUUAAAGAUGUUUGUGUGCUUUUAAUUGACAACUAACUUCUUGCUGCUGUAUAGUAAAAUAUUAAUAUAUUUUUAUCAUUAAACUGCUGCAUGACUAUCAUCAUUGAGUGAAGAGAAAAUGUUAUAAAAAAGAUGCCUUAAACAGUACAUUUUUGUUCAGAAUUCUGUAGAAAGCAUUUAAGUAAAUGGAGAAUCUUGUCUGACUCAAAGUUCUGGGGAUGAAAUAAUUUGUUUCUUGACAAACCUAACCAUGUAGAUCUAACUGCUGUAUAUAGAAGACACCACCUGUAGGAACAGGAAGGUAUCUGUGCUUCUCAAUGAUUGUAAAGCAUUGGCCUAGGAAGGUGAAAAAGUUGUCUAAAGUAACUUUUCUGCUGGUUCAUUUGGUUUUAUUUUUAUAUUUUUAAAGUUCCCUGGUUGUGUUUUUUCCUUGUUUUUGAGAUCUACUGUAUUUGUUGGAUAAACAAGCUAUUUCCAUUGUACUGUGCAUUUCUCUUUUAAAUAAUUUGCUUUUAGUAUUCAUGCAAUGUUAAAUAUGAUAUGACCUUACAGUAGUUAGGAGUUUCUUUUACUUAAAAAAUCACUGGAAAUUAUUAAAUUGCUUUUUUUCUCCCCAAGAUGCAUUUUUCUUAUUUCCAAAUAGUAGAAUUAGGCUUUGACAGUACAUAAUGUGAGUCUUUUGGAAUGCUUUUCACCUGCAUGUAAACAUUGAUUAAUGACCUGGGAUUUUUUUGUUGUUGUUUGAAAGUUUGUUGAGCAGUUUUGUUCACUGUACUUUAACUGUGAUAUGGAAAAGAUUGCAUUGUCUGUGCUGUUUCUAGUUCGAAAAGUGAUUUGCUUUGACUUUUGUUUCUGGUUUACUGUAGGUCUAAAAAGUUAAGCAUUGUAUCACAGGUGGUUGCAAUACUUCUAGAUCAGUGUUUUAUAAUUGCCAGCAGUAAGUAGUGCACGUCAACAAAACCAAGUCAAAUUUAGGCAAAGUGACCUUUCUCACCAUGGAGAAGAUAGUUCUUUCACAAGAUUUUCUUUAGGGUCAGAAUUACCUAAAGGGAAGCCUUGACUAUAGAUUUCAGAUUCUGUUUUGGAAUUGGACCAGAUAGAAGUAUAUGGGUUGUGCAAUUCUAGUUAUGCUAUAAGAGUUGAUUGAACACAAUCUUAGCAAGUUUUUGUGCACAGUGUCUGAUUUGCAGUCAGCGGAUUUUUGUUUGAAUCCACAUAUAGAUAUACUAAGAUUUACGUGGUGACCAUGGAGAAGAUAGAUGACUGUAAAGAUGCUCUUGUUGCAUGGGUUUAUCCUUGUUCCCUCCCCAACCCCCAACCCCAGGUGCUCGGUACCUUACUAAGGUUCAGUAUCUCAGUGUUUUGCAGCUGAAAGUUGUUUCUUUUGUUUUUCUUGAAAUGGUAACCCUGUUUAUACUAGAACAAUAAAGGCAUUGGUAUGUUUGACCAUAUAUGUUACUCAUAGAAGACAGUAUGAUCAAAUGUGCCAAAGGGGGGGAAAAAGCCCAACAGAAAACAAAACCAAUUCCUGACAAGUAUUGCCUUAUUUUCCUUAAUGAUCUGCUUUGUCUUAUAAUGGUCCAAUAGCUUAGUCAAAUUAUAUUUGCCUGAGUAUGAAAGAAAACUUGAAAUUCAUUGCAAUAUUGACAUUCUUUAAAAUGAGACACUGUCAAGUAAUUCAACCCAGAGGAAAAUAGCCACCAGAUUUAAAUACCAAUUGUGGUGUCGGUGGUUGUGGUAGUGAUAGUGGUGGUGAUGGUGGUUAUGGUGGUGAUGAUGGUGGUGGUGGUGGUGGUGUUUAAUCUUUUAUUUUAAAAGCCACUGUUGAUUUGUGCCUCAUAUUUUUCAUGCUGAAGUUACAAGCAGCAGUCAUCCAGCCACAGAGGGAGCUAAAGUUAACUAACCAGAACUGUACAGAAAUCAUUAUACAUACUUUUUCACAACAAAGGAAGUUCCUAAGAAAAGCCAUGUUGGCUUUUACUCUAUAAAAUACAGAUUGGAGGAUAGAUGAAUAUUUGCCAAAUAGAAAGAAACAAUAAGAGAGAAAGAAUAUUGUUUUCUAGCUUUUCAAAAGCCAUGGAGUUUCUAAACCAAAACAUACCAACAAAAAUCCUUGACAGUGUCACUUUUUAUUUUUCCCUGAAAGGGAUUGAAGUUUAACUAAAGUAUAAGUUUUAGCAGUAUUUUGUUUUGUUUUGUUUUCAAGAUUUUACAAAUACUUUUCUAAAGAAUAGAGUUGCUGUAGUAAAAAUGGAUUACUAUCUUGAUUUGUUUUUUCAGGUAUGCAGAAGGCUGCUAGUAAUUUUAACCCUUCCCUUAUCCAAAGUAGACAGUUAUUUUUAUUUGGGAACAAGUACAUUGUUGCCUUUUUAAAAAUAGCACUAUAACAACACUAUUAGUUAUAGUGUAAUAUUUAUCCCUUGCAAACUAUGCAAAGUAAGUGUAAAUUAGGAUUAAAUUAAAGAUAGUUGAUUACAUUUCAAUCAGGUGGCAUUCAGGAAGCUAACUGAAUUAUAUACCAAUAAAAACUAUUAGUCCAAGAACUAUGUAUGCUAACAACAAAAUAUGACUUAGCUACCUAGUCUAAAAAUUGUCAACAUUAAUAUUGUAUAACAGGUCUGGAGAAGAUUGCCUCCUUUCUUAAAAAGAGAGAUUAAGGAUUUUUAUAAUUGUUUUUCAUCAAAUUUUAAUAUUUUUGUCAAAUUUUUAGGUAUUUAAUUUGUAAAACAGUCUGCUUUGUACUAGCAUACAGAAAAUAGGGUAUUGAUUUAAACUUUUUGAAGCCAAGUGAUCAAGUACAUUUGUAAUAAAAGUCAAUGGAUCGAUAAUCAGUUGUACUCACUGUUUUCAUUUCUUGUACUUUCUAAUGCAGUGGUGUUAUACUUCUGCAGGAAACAUGAACUGAAUCUGGGUGGAUGGGAGGGAGACAACUGAUUUAAUACAAAUAUUAAAAAUCUGGGUGAUUUUCAUGACCAUGCACCUUGUAUCGUUAAGUCAGUGAAGAUUUGGUUGAUCAUAAGAAACGCAUUUUUAUUAAUAUCCUUUUUGCUUAAUGUUUUCCCACCAAAUUUGAUGCUUAUGGAUUUUUUGCUUUUUGUUUUCAUACUGUUUUGUAUUUUAUUACUGUCAUAGCUUCAAACUUAAGAGACUUUCGUUUUAAGAUACGGACUUUUUUUUUUUUUGCCAGCCAUGUCAAUCCCACUAUAGCCAUGAUUGUUUUUACAUUCUAUGCAUUUUUCUCUUCUGAUACAUUCCAUCUUUUCUUUUUUAUGCUUCACGUGUGUGUAUGUAUGCUUAUAUACAUAUAUGUACUUAUACCUUUCAUACUGUGAAUGAUUGUAUAAAAAGACCUGUAUAACUGCCUGAUAGCAUUGCAUUCAUGCCAUUAAUAGUCUUCUUUUUACAUGUGAACAAAUGUAAGCUUUUCUUUCCUAAGUUAGAAGUAAUAUACCAAAUCUGAUGACUUAUUCUCAUCAUUUCCCAAAACUUUUGGAAUGGGUAUAAAAUCCUGACAUUGAUGUACAAGAAUGCUAAAACAAGGUCAUAUUUUCAAUUACUAAUAUUUUGGACAUUUGACGGCAAUUCUUUAAUAUAAUAAAUAUAGUUGAGAUGUGAUCACUUUGGAGAGUAAAGUAAGUAGAAACUAAAAAUAUCUGGUUAAGCAGUUUUUAAAAUAAAGAAUUCAGCAAGGUGGUUUUUGCAGUUUUUUGUUGACAAAGUUGUUAGAUUGAAGAUGAAACCUUAAGAGAGAUUUUUUGAUACUUUAAUUUUCUGUUGAUUGAAUUUUGAUAGUUCACUCAGCAUGUACUGGUAAACAGUAGUAAUUAUUACCCUUAUUCUUGUUUCAUUCACUGUAUCACUGUUGUUUUCAUUGCAUGCCAUUAUGGCAGGAUAUGAGUAAUAGGGAUGUGUGUGUGUGUGUGUGUGUGUGUAUGUAAAAUCUAAUUUUACUGUUUGAGAACCUGUUAGAUCCUAAAACGUCCCUAAGUUUAAGUCCUCAGUCACAAAAAAGGUCCUUUUUUGACCAUAACUCCUACAUUGUCAUCACUUUAGAGGAUGUUAUCCUAACUAUAAAGAAUAGGAUGAACAUCAAACCUUCCCAUGAUAUUAAUAUAAAUGAAGCAAUGCCUUCAUAAUACCAACAGAAGUCAGUUGAAAAGUGAAAACACCAGUCGAUUUAGUAAUCCAACAAUUUGAGACAAAUUAGCAAGUUUUGGUAUUGAAUAGAUGGUGGCCUAAGUGACUAUGUCUCUGUAGGAAUGUUGAGUACAGGGCAGGUACCGUGUCAAAGAGUUCUUCCUUAAUAUGUGGAAAUACAGAUUAUUGAUGGUGGCCAUGUUAUUUAGUGUAUACUUUUUUCUUUGUAUUCUGUAGAAUAAAGUUACUUCCUAAUGAUUGGAAUGUUGUACCAUUCAAAAUUUAGGAGUUCAAAACGGUUUUCAUGUCCAGAUUCUCUCUGUUUUGAUAUACAUUAGUAACCUCCUAUAUAGUAAGGUAAAUUUUAGCAGCAUUUCAUGUGCUAGAAAAAAAAGCAGUAGUAAAUCAUUAUUACAUUCUUAAUUUGGCUUGAUUUGAUGUUUCAGGAGGCCAUAAAGUUCUGCCAUUAAGGAUAUUAUUGGGCAAUUAUGUGAUCUCCACAGGAAUAUGUAGAAAAAUACUUGUUAACAUAGCCCCUAGCAGAGUGUUUUGUGCAUAGUAGGCACUUAAAUGCUUAUUGUUGAACAUGAGUUACAUUCAGGAUGCUACAUGAUGAGUCAGAAACAAGAUGGGAGCAAAUAUAUCCUUAUGAUACCCUUCUCCCCUUCUUUUGUAGAGGAUAAUUUGAUUGUCAUCUAUUCUGAUUAUUUCAAGCAAUGAUCAUAACUAACUGGUCUGGUGGUUGGCACCAGAAUGCUCUAGAGCAGAAGUUAGAAACCACUGAUUCCUAUGGAACUCUGCCACUUUACACCAUAGUUAUCUGAUUUUUUUUUUCUCCUUUGCUUUCCCUCUUUUAUAUUCUAUUCUGCCACUUGAUACUUCGAAUUCUUUUCCCCUUCUUAGGCCUUCCACCUCUCAGUGACAUCCAUACUUGCUAUGUUAGAGGAACUUGGUUCUAAAGAGAUUGCUGACCGUUGUUCCCACAGCAUAGCCAAUAUCAUGGUCAAGAAGAAGCCAUAUGCUAUGCAGUUUAAGCUCAGCAUUCUUACCUGACUUUUUUUUUCCUGGAAUUUUAUAUUUUAGUUAAAAAGAUAUUGAAGUCUUGUGCUGAGAAAUUUGUGAAUUAAAAGAUAGUAAAACGUAUGUAUACAUUAGAAAGGUCAUUGAAGCUGUUGUUAAUGGUUUGGAAAUUGGAAUGCUGUUCAAGGAAUUUGUGAAAGGAGAUGUGAGUGAUACAAGGAAAAAUGGAUUGAAAGUAGGGAAGAUUGGUUGUAAUUGGAUGUAAUAAGAGGUGCUAAGAUGGGUGCUUGAAUUGAGUUAUUUGCUAAGGAUGGUGAAUGACAGCGCUAGGGAUGUUUCUGGAAAGUCAAAGAAUUACUUAAUUUGUUCUGUGGGAAGUGAUGAUCUUCCAUCUUUCUGGGUCUUAGGAUGAUGCAUUAAGUUCAUUUGGUCUGCUUAUGUAUAGGUGGCAUGUUAUGGAACAAUUUAAAACCCAAGGAUUAUGGAAUUGGCAUUAUUGGGCUCAUCCAAAACUAAUGGGGCUUCAUUAUUCCGAGGGAAAAUAUCAGAUAUUCCCAAAUUCCUAACGAUUUUAAAACCAGUUUUCAAAAGCAGAUGUCUGUAUAAUGUCUACUGUAAGUAUUAGGACCAUAUUACAACCUGAUAGUUUUCAAAUAAGUUUUUAGAUGCUUUUAGCUCCUGAAGCCAGUUCUUCCUCUCUUAGCUCCUCCCCAUUUCACUCCCUCCACUGCACCUUGUUUAAAGAGCAAAUAAAAUUUUAAAUCCAGGUGAAGUGGCUAUCACUAAAUUGCAACUUGAGGUAUCUUUUUAUAUUUCUUUCAGUAGUCGUAAGCAUGGCAACAAAUUAACUACAUUUCAUAUGAGGCUCUUGAUAACAUAUCUGAAGUAUGACUUAGCAGAUUUAGCUCACAUAUCUUUGUCAGCUUUUUUUUCUUCAGUUAUUCAUUGUAAUGCUUUAAAAGUACAGAAUUCCUAAUCGUUUCUAUGGUGAGGAGUAUGUUAACACUUAUUAUAUUUUCCAAAAGAUCUUAUGCCCUUUUGCAGGAUCAGCUGAUGGUAUUUGGCUUUCUGCUUUGCCUAAGCCAAUGAUGCUUUAUAUUUUAGUUAACUUUUAGAAAGUUUCCUGAUUUUGAAUUAGUAUAAGAAACAUUUAUCAUAAAAAUUAUACAGUAUUAUUUUGGUUCCAGUCAAAUGCGUACAUUUUGAUAGCCCUCUUUCAGAUCUACUUAAUUUUAGACAAAUAUCUUACAUUAUUGCUAUAAAAUGUCUAAGUGAAGGGAAUUCAUAAUUUCUACCUGGAAGAUAAAAUUUUUUAAAGUCAGAUAUUUCAAUUAUGUUAACAAUUGUAUUUCUUUUAUUAUAACUUAUUGAUAGAGUUGGCACUGAAAUAUAGUAUAAUAUCUAAAUUUUAUAGUAAGUCAUUUAAAAUUAUGCUAUAGUUUAAAAUUAUAAUUUUUUUAGUAGGCAUAUGACCUUCUUAAAUGGCCCUUCAGUUUAACAAUUAUAUAUUUAAAAAUAAAUGUAUUUCUGAGCUGAUGUUUAUUAUUGAUUUAAAUGACUAGGCCAAAGUCUUUCCAAGGCUUCCUCUAGUGUUGUGCAAAGAAAUGAAUGGAAGCUGGCUUUCUGCAGGCAGUUGUGGUUAUGCAUAAUAUUGCCAGUGUAAAAACUGUCAGUCUCAGGGCAAAGUCUGCAAAGUUGCCUAAAAGGUUUCCAUUUUGCACUACUUUGUAUUUCCUUUCUCUUUGAAAAUGAAAAUAGAUAAGUUGUUUUCACUUUUGUUUCUAGGUGUUUCCAAUUUCCUGGUCAUCAGCAGAAUCCUGAAUUGUUUUUCAUAUCUCACCCAAAUGAAAAACAUAAUUACAAUUAGGCAUGCUUAACAAAAGUCAAGAAAUAUUUUAUAGCUGUGUAAAACCAAAUCUCAUUUUGAUUCCACUUAAAAUAUGACAGUUGCCAACAAAACCCUUUGAAAAUGUGUGCUUUAUGUGACCUGUAUAUAAAUAUGCAAAAUGAAAAACUUGGAAAAUAUAUGAAAUGCUGUCUUUAAAAUCCAGAUUUCAGCACAAGGAGCUCUGUUUGGAUUCUUUCUGUGUAUGUUUUGACCACUAAACUUGUUUAAAAGGAAGAGGUCUGGUGAGUUGUCAAUAAGCUUUGUUUUUUUAAAUUGUCAAUAGAUUUUCUUAUGACCCAUCUGAUAUGGUUAGAAUGACAACCAUCUUAUUAUAUGAAUUCACUUAAGGAAUUCUGUGGUGGCUUUUUGGGGAGUAGGGUGGGUGUAAUACAUGAAAAGGCUUUAUUUUAACCAGAAAGAAGUGUUCUUGUAACUUUAAAGAUGAAGAAGUUGACACAUUAGACCUUUUCUCCUAUUGGCAGUUAGAUUGUGCAUUAUAGUUGGUAUUGAAAAAGGUAAUCAAUGGCUGUUGUCAGUAGAACAAAAUAAUACAUGAGGUUUUUUUUUAGCGUAAAAUUAUUUAGUGAUUGAUCCUAUGUUCCCUUUCCUAUAGCUUUUUAGGCAUGUCAGACUUGAAACUCAACAAGUGAGAGGCCUUUCUUUGGGCCUGAUUUAUUUUUGGAAGGCUUGAGUGUGUGUUUCAGUGAGAGGAGGGGGUUUUUAUUCUUGACAUGCUCUUCUACUGCAUAGUUUUUCUAGUCAUUCUUGACUUUAUGUUUGCAAAUACUGUUGAAAGGUAAAAUGUGUUCUUAAGUAGUUUUCUGUAUGAUGAGUGUUUUUGUGGGUUUGACUCUACGUUGGAACUUUGUUAUCUUUCUAUUUAACUUUUGUCAGAAAAGUUAAACUUCCAUUGUUAAGAUUUUGUAUUUGUCUUGUGGAAUUGUACCAGUUAGCUCAUCUAAAUAUGGGCUAAUAUAGAGUAAUUAAGUUAACAAAUAUGCAUUUAUUUGUCUCAGAAAGUUCUUUAAAAGAGGUUCAGUGCAAUAUUGUAGGUUAAAGACUCUUGUAAUUAGGGUUGUUUACAUUCAUAACUACCAAAUUUCAAAACUAUAUGGGAAUUGGGAUGGUGUUCUUUAUUAUCCCUAUGUAUUUCCUUUAGAAGAUUUGAAAAGAUUCUGUCUCCAAACAAUCUUUCUUUUUUUUUUGAGAUUAUGCCGCCAUACAUAGGGGUAAAAUUAGUACUUUUGAUUUUUAAGGUUUUAAGUUUAUCUACAAGUUAAUACAUGGAUUUUCCUUUAGCAAGCUGAACUGUAAUGAUUCAGAGCGUUUAUUUACCAAAUAUGAGCAAGAGGGAACCAGCAGUUUGAAACAGGAUUUAAGGACUUUUACGAUUCUUCCAUUUGCUAAUAUAAAAUUAGCUAUAGAUGCCCUUUAAGUAAAUUUCAUAUGCAAAUUUAAAAUGUAUAUGUACACAUAUAUAUUCACACUUGAUAAAGUAUAGAGCUAAUUCACUUUACAUAAUCUAAAACUUUGCAAUCAGGUUUCAGAUUGGAAUAGACUAUAGGUGAAAGGUGGUGGCACCUACUGGCAAAAAGUGACAUUGCAACCCUGGUCUUUUAGACAGGACAAAUAGCCAGACAAAAGAAAGAAUGAAACAAAGUUCUGGAUGCUGAGAGUAUGGAAUCGGGAAACUGCCUGGACAUAUAAAGAAUUCCUUUGUUUUAGGGCAGAGGAGAGAGUGAAUAAUGUAGACUGAUAAUCCUAGAGUUAGAAAAGUAAACAACUGGAUGAAUACUCUUAGUAGGUAUGAAUUCUAAUGUACAGAGUUGCUUGGUAUGCUAGGAAAAUGGUUGUUUUCAUAAGUUGGCACUGUUAUCAAAAGUUGCAGUUAAGUUUGGAGGAUAUAUUCCCCAAUAAAAAUGCCAAUUUAUGGUAUGUGUCAGUAGUAAAAUAGAAUUUGCUUUAUACUUGCUUUGCCAGAACACAGCUAUUCUGUGAAGUGAGGGAGACUUGUAUUACUAUUGAGAGGUUGUGUGGAACAAAAAAUACAUUGUUUCUUCUCUAUCUAAACCAGUAUUUAUGAGUAACACUUAUUUGGCUGUCUUUGUGUUGGCAACUUUUAUCAGUGAGUAUUGGGUUUACACUUGAGACCAAGAGCCAAGUUUAUCAGACUGGCUAAUAUUUCUUCUCCCCCAUGUUAAAUGCAAACACUUUAACUAUUUAUACAUGUGUUUAUGUAUGUAUGUUUAUAUGUAUCUUUAGUUUACCUUCUGAGUUUAAAAAAAAAAACCUAGAAAUUAUAGAAACACAUCUAAUAGGACAGGCAUCCGACAAAUUGUUUCCUCCCAAUUUAGAAGCUUAUGAGAAACAGUACUUUGAGUCUAACUAUACACCGUUCUAGUGUAUUAGUUUUAUUACAGAAUUUUGGGGCAUGCCCUUGGGCUUAUUCAAAAGUGUACAAUAGGAAACUAAAUUUCCUUUCAUAGGAAGGAGAUGUUUUUCUAUUUUGCAACACAUGACUAUAAAGCUUCCACUAUGGGAAGAUGAAUCAUGUAUCAAAAAUGAGACACAUAUAUAUUUUUACAUAUUUAGAAGGAAUCUAUGUAGAGCAACAUUCAGAACCUAUAUAGAAAUGAUUCUGUAUAGGACCAAUAUAGAAGCAACAUUCAACAUUUAAACAUUUGGACUUUUUCAGGUAGGGAGACUUUAGGUCUUGUAAUGACUUGCAGAGUAUUAUCAUUGAAAUGUAGUCAUUACUUGAAAUUCACUGGGGAAAAAUUGUUAGAAUGUUCUCUUGAAAUGUGUUUAACUUAAAUACAGCAGCUCUGGGCUAGCAUAUUUGUAAGAAACAAGCAAAACCAACUAAAUAAAUCAAUCUGGUUUGCCAGCCAAUCCAGCUUGAAUGAAGUGAAUACACUGAUAGCUUGCAUUGUGGAAAAAACAAAACAAAACAUUCUGCAUCUUAGCCUAAGGAUCUGAGAAACAAUCUUACCUGACAUAAGAAGACUCACACUUUGAUAGUUUCUGACAAAACUAUCCAUUUAAGGAGUAUGAUACAAUUUACUAAUUUAAUCCACAGAUACCUGUUGAUUUGCCUGUCAGAUCUUUAGUCCAAAGUGGCCUGAAACCCUUAUCCCUGGAAUUAGAUCUCAAAACAGGGUUGGAUCAGGUCAUUACUUGGAUGGGUGACUUCAGGUCCUGUAGAGUCUUAUAAAGAGCUGUACCUGCUUUCCUUGAGUUAGUACUGAACUUAUAUCCUGCAUGAUGUUGCUGCAGGUACUUUCUCUUGAAGAGGCAUGGAGCCCACAUCCUGAAGGCUUGUGGCAUUUUGAGAGGAAGGUGUUAACUCUAGUGCCCUAGCCAAAUUCCAGCUCAGACAAAUGGGUAUUCCAUCUCGUUUUCAAUGGAAAUGUUCAUCACUUCCCAGCCAAUCUGGAUGAACACAGUGUGGGUUGAACUGCUAUUUCCCAUUCCUCCCCACCCAAGUCUGAGAUGCCUGCAUGUACUAACUUGAUGAUGUUAAUCCUUUAACCUACCUCACAGGGAUGUUGUGAGGCCUCAAAAGUUCAUGUUUAUAAAAUGUUCUAAGUUCUUUGGGUAGUUGACUCUUGUAAUUGCUGUGUGGUUAAAUUGAAUUUCUUCUAGGCCAAGUUUGUAAUCCGUGGCUACUGGAGUAUUCCAGCUGUAAAGUGUGAGCUGAAAUCUACUUUUCCUCCUUUUGUUCAUGGUGUAUGUGUGGGAAAAAUACUUGUUCAAUUCUUUGUCAGGGAGAUCCUGAGUUGAGCAGCACCUGAGUAACAGGCUGUGGUGGUAUCCUUGGGUAGUUUGAACAUGACUAGCUAGAUCCUUGGAUGCCACAGACACAAUGAGAACACGCCAUUAUUUUUAAUGGUUGUAAUAGCUCUUUCCUCUAGUUGUUAUUUUAAGAGUAAGUCGCAAAAUUGCUUUAUUUUGAGCUUUUUGUGUAUGCACAAUCCCAAACUGGAAAAAACAAAAAUCCUGCUGUGAAAGGUAUAUAUUACUCUAGAUUUUUCUUAUUGUAAAUAUUGUAAGAUUGUAAUACUGUCGAUAUUUUAUUAACCAACAGAUGUUAAUCUAUGUGAAUUCAGACUUAUUUUAAAUGUGCUUCAUAUUUACUGUAUGUUGUUCCUGUUGCAGACAGUAUUAAGUUAUAUUCUGAUGUAAGAUUAACUUUAUUAAAGAAUGUAAACAUUAAUGUUUCCUUUUGGGAAAAGAAAUAAAAUAUUAUAAAGACAAUUCUUUUCAUUGAAAUAUACUGUGUACUUAUGCUUGCUAGACCAGUACCACUUAUAAAUUUAGUACAACUAUUCCAAAAUGUUAAUACAGCUAACAUAGUUGUGCUGUUAUUUGAAAGUUCAAGAAUAAGAAUUGUUGGAAUAUAAAGUUUGUAUCAGUCUGCUGUGAAUCAGAACCUUGACAUUUCUAAUCAUAUUUGUAAACUUUUUAUAGUGAAAAUUUUAAUGACUUAAUUUUAAAAAUUCUCCACUAAAAAAAAAAAGUCAAAUCAAUAUCCUUUCAGAAGUAGAGUUGUCUUUAUUGUCUUUACAAAGUGACUUUGGUUGUAAGGACCAGAAGUAUGUUAAAGGCUUUAGAGCAGAGGUGUUGAUAUUUGAGUUUACAAGUUAGUCUUAAUUGGAGAUGUGCCAAUAUACAGUAGAAUAUCAUUAAUUUGCACUGAUUGGGUAGCCCUUUGAGGGUACUUGAAUUUUGCCAAUUAAAAAGUAAGUAAAUGCAAUUUUAAAACCAAAUUCAAGGAUUCUGUAUUAAACAAAUGCAAUUGUUGUGUAAUGAAAAAGCAAUGUUUUGGAAUGUAAUGUAACCCUAAUUUGCUGCCAUGCAUGUCCAUCCCAUUGUUGAGAACUCAAAAUAUGAAAAUAUGGCAGAUAGCUCAUGAGUCAAAUGACUCUGAGAGUUUGUGGAAUAUCAAAAUGGAAACUAGCAAGGUUCUACUGUACUGCUUAUUGAAGUAUUGUGAUUAUUUUAGGCAUUUUGAUUCUUACAAAAUAUAUACUGUAACAGUAUACUUUGUACAGAUUUAAAUUUUAUUUGAAAAAUGAAAUAAAGUAGGCAAAAAUAAAGAUGUUUAUUUUUCAUGUGA